AUGCGGUUGUUUCUCUUUCUCUUCUCGUUGGUGGCAGCGACUGUUUCCUUCGCCCAGUCGCUGCCAGAGGUCAUCGCCGCCCAAAGCGGCAACCUCUCCUCCUUGGGCGCGUGGCUCUCCUCAGAGCCACUGAUCUACCAGAUCCUGAGCAGUGCGAAGGGUAUCACCCUCCUUGCUCCCAGCAACAACGCGCUGGCCCAACUUUACGGCAGCGCGUUGGCCACGGAUCUGGCGGUAGAUCCAAACCUCCUCGCCGCCUUCUUGAGCUACCACGCUCUCGAAGGCGUGCACCCCCUGGCCGACUUUGCCAACGUCACGGCAAAGACGGCCCCGACAUUCCUCGACCUGGCGGGCUACUCGAACGUCACUGGCGGACAAGUAGUCCAGUCGCGGUCCCAGAACGGGGGCGUCGCCUUCCUCUCGGGCAAGGGCGUUCUGUCCACCGUACAGGCCUGUGACCUGAACCAUACGGGUGGAACAAUGCACAUCAUCGACACCCCGCUGAUGAUGCCCACCCGGAUGACAGAUACGCUGGUGUCCAAGGGAUAUACCGGUGCCUUGGGAGCGCUCCGCCAGGCCGCCAUUGAGGAGCCGCUCAACAACGCCGCGGACAUGACACUGUUCGUACCCAGCAACGAUGCCUUCAACUCCAUCGGCAGUGUCAUCAACACCAUGACGAUCGACCAGCUCACGACGGUACUCAACUAUCACGUCGUUCAAGGCCAGGUCUUGUACAGCCAACUGAUUGCUGCUGGCACCCAGCGGACGGCCCAAGGCGCCAACCUCAACUUCCGGGCUGUGAACGGUUCACUCUUCGUCAACAGCGCACGAGUCAUCACCACCGAUCUGAUCAUCGCCAACGGCGUGGUUCAUGUCCUGGAUGGAGUGCUUAACCCCGCCAAUACCACGGCGAGACCCGAUCCGAACGCUGCCACACAGGCGCCGGCGUUCAGCGGGGCUACGACCACGGCCGGCGGUGUACCAUUUACGUCUGUUGUCGCAACCCAAACCGCUACAGCGCCUACCUCUUCCCCAACCGCGGGUGGUACUUACACACCGCCUGCCCCAACUGCUCGCCCCACGGGGCCGCCUACAGAUGGGGCCGCGCCAAAGGCCAACCUUGCCGUGGGCAUGGCGGUAGUUGCCGGUUGUGCCGCGAUGGCUGGAAAUUUGUGA